GUCUCGGUGUUGCCCGGUAGCCCGCCGAACGUCCAGUCAGUCCAGUACGCGCAACCCGCGCGCCAGUCACCUGCCGACAGCGCACAGCAGCGCCCGACAGUGCUUGUCCGUGCCAGUGUUGUCGCCAGUGUCCGCGGCAGUAGCUAGACGGGUCCAGCAACCGCAGCAAGCCAGCAGCGCCCGUGCACGCUGUGUGCAGCACGCGACAGGCUACUGGCCAGGCCGAUGCCGACUGCCGGUUCAGUCGACCGGCAGUCCGGUUCAGACCGACUGGACCGGUUCAGUCCCAUGUUUAAAUCGGUUCAGUUCUUAUAUGGCGCCACGUAGGGAACCCGAUCAUCCGGCUCCUACUCAGGCUACGGUAGUCGCACAGUUCCGCGACUAUCAUGCUGAAAAGUUCUCAGGGCAGGGAGAUCCCCGCAUUGUAGAUGAAUGGAUUCAGGGCCUGGAGUUUAUCUUUGAGGUCAUGGACUGCCCCGAUAGAUAUCGCGUAGUUUGCGCUCAGCUUCAGCUCACUGGUGAUGCUAGACUCUGGUGGAAUGCCUACUGGAGCAUGCGUCCCGGUGAGAAAGCAGGAUGUACAUGGGACAUGCUCAAGGAGCUAGUCCGCGAAAAGUACUACCCCUCCUACUAUCGGGCAGAGAUGGAGCGUCAAUUCUUAGCGCUCCAGCAGGGCACUCGUACGAUUGAUGAGUACGAGCGAGAGUUCACUAGACUUGCAGCUUUC